CCUCACGGCUCCUUCUUUGCGCCCUGUAUUCCUGCGAUAAAGGAUAACCUGAGAGGAAAUCCAACUGGAGCGACAGGACAAUCCCUUUUAUCCCAGAAUAACUUUGGGUUUUUUUUUGUGUGGGAAGAACCAACGAGGAUAAAGUUGCAAGAAGUUCGCACGAAAAGGACACUGAUAUUCUUCAGCUGCAGUUUGACUGUAGAUUUUCGGGGUUGAGAAAUUUAGUUUUACGGUUUUGUUCAGCGGAGUCUGGUGAGGUCUGAAGAGGCGUCUGGCAAACUGACUGUUUAGUCGCGAUCACCUUUUUUCUAAACUUUAGCGGGGAGAGGCAGUGAGCAGGAUUGCCUAACUUUUUUUUUUUUUUUUACACCACGUCUGGAUUAUCUGAUCACUGCCAACAGAUCAGGUCACCGUUUAGAGGAUUCACUGACUGAUUUGCGAUUUCAAAGUGAAAGCCGAGUGGUUUGUGGUGUUGAUAUAUUGUACACACGCGGCUGGUUGUUGUCCAUCAAGUGUACGGCAGAUAAGGUGUGCGAUAAAAGACUGAUUCAGCACUGAGAGACUUCGGAGGUCUAUUGUUUUGUGCGCUUUCUUCUGAAGUUAGUGAAAAACAGAGCGACCCUGAUGUUCGUCAGGCUGACACAUCCUGUGCAGAUGAUUUAGCACACAGUCAUCAGUUCACUGUCUGUGUUAAGGUAGCGAGGCUCUCUUCACUCAGACUUCUAGUGCGCUCUCGCCUCCAUCCUUGGCGCUCACACACUGGACUCCUGAGACCAUCCGCGUGCGGAGGAAAAGAACAAAAACCCUGUUUUUCUCCCAAAGAGUCCUUCUCCUCUGACACAAGCCAGUCAGGUGGCACUGACCCAAGCUGUUGUGAUGCAUAUUCCCGUAGAGCCGCCCACCACCAGACGGUUCACGCCGCCCUCCACGUCCUUCCCCUGCAGUAAGAUUGGAGACGGCAACGGGGCCAUGGCCACCCCGGGGCCCCUCAGGUCAAGACCGGACACCAGGAACGUGGUGGACGUCUUGGCGGACCACGCCGGUGAGCUGGUCCGGACCGACAGCCCCAACUUUCUCUGCUCUGUCCUCCCUUCUCACUGGAGGUGCAACAAGACGCUGCCCGUGGCUUUCAAGGUCGUGGCUCUCGGUGAUGUUCCCGACGGGACUCUGGUCACCGUGAUGGCCGGGAACGACGAGAACUACUCGGCCGAGCUGAGGAACGCCUCUGCGGUAAUGAAGAACCAGGUUGCCCGCUUCAACGACCUGCGCUUCGUGGGCAGGAGCGGACGAGGAAAGAGCUUCACUCUGACCAUCACCGUCUUCACCGGACCGCCACAAGUGGCCACCUACCACCGCGCCAUCAAAGUCACCGUGGAUGGACCCCGGGAACCGCGCAGGCACAGAGUGAAGAUAGAAGACCCCCAGAAGAUGCAGUUCUCGGACAGGCUGUCAGAGAUCGAGCGCUACCAGCGGACUAUGCGAAUAGGCCCAGUGAACAAUAAUCCCCGCCCCAUCCACCAAACCCACCUCAGCACCACACAAGCCCUGUGGCAGGAGCAAAUGGACACCCCGGCUCUGAAGACAUGCAAGGUAGAGGAGGACCUGAGACCAUGGCCAGGGACUACAGAUCUCUUCCAACAGAGGACCACCUUCCCAUCUCUGUCGCCGCUGACUGACCCUCGCUUCUCAGACCCCCGCAUGCAUUACCCCGGGGCCUUCCCUUACUCCGCCAACACCUCCAGCACUGGCAUCAGCGGCCUCAGCAUGUCAGCCUCCUCUAGAUACCACACCUACCUGCCGCCACCCUACUCAAACAACCAGACCCAGAACUUCCAGUCCAACUCCUACCUGUAUUACGGCACAGGCUCUGGAUCCUACCAGUUCUCCAUGGUGGCGCCGGGGAACACCGGGGGCGAGCGCUCCCCCACCCGUCUGCUGUCCUGCUCGGGGGCCGGGGGCACCGGAGGGACCAACAGCCUGAUGAACCCGGGCCUGAACACCCAGAGCGAGGGCGUGGAGGCCGACGGCAGCCACAGCAACUCCCCAACGGCCAUGAGCGCUUCGGGCCGCUUGGAUGAGUCCGUCUGGAGGCCUUAUUGACUGACUGACAGCUAGACAAUUAGAGGGUGCGGGAGAAGUGAGGGAGGAAGAGAAAAGAGGACGAUGAGAAAAAAAAAGAAAAAGAAAAAAAAAGCUGAA